AUGGAGGCGCUUCGGCUGGACUAUGGGGAGGCGAAAGAGAAGGUGGAGGAGGAGAUGAAGUGGCUCGAGCGCCAUGCUCGCAAGUUCGGGACGUUUGUUGGAGGAGAGUUCAGAUUCUCUCCCUCUCCAGCUUUCGCUCCUAGCGUGGACCCUUGCACUGAAGAGGUUCUGGCUGAAUGCGAGCAGGCAGGUAAGGAGGAGGUGGACCAGGCGGUGGCAGCAGCGGCAGAAGCCUUCAAGAGCUGGUCUGCGCUGACAGGACAUGAGAGAGCAAAGUACCUUUACGCCAUCGCCCGGAGCAUGCAGCGACACCACAAGCUGUUGGCUGGAAUCGAGUCCUUGGACAAUGGAAAGACGAUCAGGGAGAGCAAGAACAUCGACGUGCCUCUGGCUGUCAGACAUUUCUACCACCAUGCUGGUUGGGCUCAACUCCAAGAGCAGGAGUUUGCUGGAUACCGUCCUCUGGGAGUGGUGGCUUGCAUCAUCCCGUGGAACUUUCCUCUGCUGAUGCUGUCAUGGAAGCUUGCUCCUGCUCUCGCCAUGGGGAACACAGUCGUCCUCAAACCAGCGCCUUCGACCCGCCUGUCAGCCUUCCUGUUCUGCGACAUCCUCAAGGAGAUUGGGUUGCCGCCGGGGGUUGUCAACGUCAUCACCGGCGACAACGAGAUGGCGAGCUACCUUGUUGCUCACCCGGCCAUCAGCAAGGUUGCCUUCACUGGUUCCACUUCCGUGGGCAAGCAGAUCAGGAAGCAGCUGGCCGGCAGAGAUGUCAAGCUCACAAUGGAGCUGGGAGGCAAGAGUGCGAUGAUCGUCUUGCAGGACGCAGACCUUGACGCGUGUGUGGAGGGAUGUGUCGACAGCAUCUUCAUGAACCAGGGGCAGGUCUGCUGUGCAGGGUCGCGCCUGCUGGUACAGGAGGGAGUGAAGGACAAGCUGGUGACUAAGCUGAAGGAGCGAAUUGAGAGACUUCGGAUGGGCAACUCUCUAGACAAGAAUGCAGACAUGGCAGCAAUCAAUAACGCGAAUCAACUCCGAACCAUCUCGACGUUCGUGGAUGAAGGCAGGAAAGAAGGAGGAGAGAUUUUUCAGUCCAACUUGUCUUUCAACCCCAGCAAGGGUUAUUUCUUCAAGCCAACUCUCAUCCUCGGACUUCAAACCUGCUCCUCCCUCUCUCAGGAUGAAAUCUUUGGCCCUGUCCUCGUCCUCCACACUUUCCGCACGCCAGAGGAAGCUUGUUUGCUGGCCAACAACGUUAGGUACGGUCUUGCCGCUUCCAUCUGGACAGAGAAGACGUGUGUAGCAAUGGAGAUGGCGAAGAAGAUUCGAGCAGGAGUUGUCUGGAUAAACUCGCACAAUGUAUUCGACGCUGCUGCAGGAUUUGGAGGAUGCAAGGAGUCAGGAUUUGGGCGGGAGGGAGGAAAGGAGGGCAUUUUCGAGUACCUCUUGCCUGCCUGGAAGGGAAAAGUCAAGCAGGGAAAAGCUGAAAGGCGCGAUGACGGGCAAGAACAGGGUGUCGGAUCAAACUCGAAGAUGUCAGUCUCUUCAGAGGAGUUUGCUCAAGUGGACAGGACGAACAAGCUCUUCGUCGGAGGCAAGCAGGUGAGGAGUGACUCAGGUUUAUCUGUGCCUGUUCUCUCGCACAACAAAGAGCUCAUCGGACACGUCUGCAACGGGAGCAGAAAAGACAUCAGAGAUGCUGUAGAAGCUGCUUCCUCUGCUCUCUCCUCCUGGGCUGCCAAGCCGGGGCACAGCCGAGCGCAGAUCCUCUACUACUUGGCCGAGAACGUGAGCGCCAGGGCGCGAGAGCUCGAGCAGAGGAUCAUGACCAUGACCGGAUGCAGCGCGCUGGAGGCAAAGGAGGAGGUGAACGUGUCCAUCUCGAGGAUCUUCUCCUUCGCGGCCUACGCAGACAAGUACGGGGGAUCAGUGCAAGAGACGACGCUGGACGGGACAGUGAUGGCGAUGCACGAGGCUGUCGGAGUCGUUGGGAUUGUCUGUCCCAGCAGUCAUCCGCUCCUGUCGUUGAUGUCGCUGCUCGCGGCAGCCUUGUCACGAGGAAACGCGGUCGUGAUCAUCCCGAGCGAGAGACACCCCAUGAUUGCAGCGGACUUGUACCAGAUACUCGAGACCUCGGACGUCCCUCCUGGUGUGGUCAAUGUGGUGACGGGGAGCAAGCAGCCUCUCGCUCUCGUGCUCGCCGAGCAUCGAGCUGUGGACUCGCUGUGGUUCUUCGGCUCCAAGGACAGCAUCGCCAAGGUGGAGUCAGCAUCAGCUGACAGCAUGAAGAGAUUGUUUGUGGAGGAGGAGAGCAGCCGCGACUGGUUCACCAGCACUCAAGAGACAACGCUCGAGCUCCUUCAAGCCGCAACGCACGUGAAGAAUGUGUGGAUACCUCACGAAAUGUGA